AUGAGAUCCCUCUCACUUCUCAAAAUAUCUUUGGCCGUAUUGCUAUUCAUCGCCCCUGCUUUUUCAUUUGAUAGAGCAAAUAGCAUUCUCAAUCUUUAAACACAAAAUUCUACCUCAACUCAAGUAUAAGAAGUGAACUAAGCCAUUGAUGACGCUUAAGUUAUUAUAGGCUAAUCAUCUGAUGCCUACAAAAAUUACUUAACUUGUGUUGGUAAUUGCAGCGCCUAAAACAAAGAAUGGGACUGUUAUUAUCAAUGUUCAAAUGAUUUGGCAAAGGAAUUGCAAACAGUUAUUUCCUUGUUCAAAUACGAUAAUGCCUAUAGCUAUGAUUAAGUUGAGAACAGACUUCUUACCGAAGAAGCUCAAUUUUCUGUAGAAGCUAAUCUCCCAACAGAAUUCAAAGAAUUAAGAAUGAAACAAGUUACAGCAACUGUGAAUCUUUUUGCUCUUGAGAAGUUCUCAAAGGCAAGCUUUGACCCUCUCUACCUUGCUGACACUACUAUUUUUGAUGACCUUAAUACAUGCUACAUGAGUUGUGGCAGCGAUGCCGUAUGUGUAAAUACAUGCUUGGAAAAAUUCUAUGCAGAAAUGUAUAGAUAAUCAUCAUACUCUCUUGCAUCUGCACAACAAGAUCAAUUUUCUGAAUUCACUAAUAAUUUGUAAAAGUUAGGUGAAUGCCUUGCCAAAGCAACUACCUAAGAGGAAGUUGUUGCCUGCACAGAAUUGUUGAAUCAGUAAUCUCUCGUAAGCGUUCAACUAACAAACCAAGAAAAAGAUGUUGUUCAGUAAUACUACAACUAAGCUUAACAGAUUACUCAGCAAGUUGAAUAAUAAUUACCGGCCAGAAAACAAUUUGUUCAAGCCAAACUCAACGAUGUCACCACUGACCUCAAGACAAAUGCUGGACAAUACAAGCAAGUUGCUCAAUCUGAGAUCAAACAAGGUGCAGACCAAGUCAACGCUUAACUUCCAGCUGUAGAGUAGCAAGUCGUCCAAGAAAUUGACCAAGCUGUCAAAUAAGUUAUUGCUAACCUCCCACAAGCCCAAGCUUAAAUCAACGGCAUCCUCGAGCAAGUUGCUGACCAAGCUACUAACAACAUGACUGCCUACCAAACCAAAGCCGCUUCAAUCAUCGACUAAUUAGCCGCUGUUGCUUCAGAUGCUGUUAACCAAUUCGAUGCAAACCAAAAAGCUGUUGCCCAAUAACUCGGCUUGAAAUCACUUGUAAGUAUGACCAUUGGUGACUCUGCAGCUUAAAAACUAUUCGAUGGCUCAGUUCAGAUUUAAUACGAGGCUCCAUAAAGCACUCUUAAUAUGAUUGUUCUUGCUGUUACUGCCGCAUUCGCAGCUUCACUUGCUGUUUUCUUCCUUUUAAGAAGAGCUAAGAAGCAAUCAACUAAGGCCCAACUUGUCAAACCAAGUGAACUUAAGAGACAAAGAAAGGAAAAGAUCCUUGAAGAUGAAGAAGAAGACACUUUCCCAAUUGAAUCAACUCUCUGA